UUUGCCACUUUUACUUCAUACGUAGUAACAACAACAAAAUCAAACAUGGAGCACAAAAUUUUCAAUUAAAAAUACUCGUAAUCAUGAAUCUCCGACUUCUCUCACUGUUUCACUGUUUUCCGGCGUCACCUCCUCUCCACCGCGUCUCACUCUCAUCACCGCCUCACACCCCAACACUCAACAAGGUUACACACGAAGUUGUUGAGUAUGGCUCGAAAAGGACUCAUGGAACAAGACUUGAGCAAGUUGGAUGUAACAAAACUACAUCCUCUUUCACCUGAGGUCAUUUCUCGUCAGGCUACCAUUAAUAUUGGAACCAUUGGUCAUGUGGCUCAUGGAAAGUCGACAGUUGUGAAGGCUCUGUCUGGUGUUCAGACUGUACGAUUCAAGAAUGAGCUUGAGCGAAAUAUCACUAUCAAACUUGGCUAUGCUAAUGCCAAAAUUUAUAAAUGUGUUGACGAAAGAUGCCCUCGACCCAUGUGCUACAAGGCAUAUGGAAGUGGGAAGGAAGAUUCCCCAAUGUGUGAUGUACCCGGAUUUGAGAAUGCUAGGAUGAAGCUUUUGAGACACGUGUCCUUUGUCGAUUGCCCGGGUCAUGAUAUUCUGAUGGCUACUAUGCUUAAUGGAGCUGCUAUUAUGGAUGGGGCCUUGCUUCUUAUUGCUGCUAAUGAGAGCUGCCCCCAACCCCAGACUUCUGAGCAUCUUGCUGCAAUUGAGAUCAUGCAACUCAAGCAUAUUAUCAUCCUCCAAAAUAAAGUUGAUCUUAUCCCAGAAAAUGUUGCUUUGAACCAGCAUGAAGCUAUUCAGAAUUUUAUUCAGGGAACUGCUGCUGCUGAAGCCCCUGUAAUUCCAAUUUCUGGUCAAUUGAAGUACAACAUCGAUGUUGUGUGUGAAAACAUUGUCAAAAAGAUUCCUAUCCCUGAGAAAAAUUUCGUCUCACCACCAACUAUGAUUGUAAUUCGGUCUUUUGAUGUUAACAAGCCUGGGUAUGAAGUUGAUGAUAUACAUGGUGGUGUUGCUGGUGGAAGUAUUUUAAAGGGUGUCUUGAGGGUGAACCAAAAUAUUGAGGUUCGACCUGGAAUUGUUGUGAAGGAUGAUAGUGGCAAUAUUAAAUGCACACCCAUAUACUCCAGAAUUGUUUCAUUGUAUGCUGAGCAAAAUGAGUUACAAUUUGCUGUGCCAGGAGGUCUUAUUGGGGUUGGAACAACCAUGGAUCCCACUUUAACCCGAGCUGAUAGAUUGGUGGGUCAGGUACUCGGGGAGGUUGGGUCUCUUCCAGAUGUAUAUGUUGAGCUAGAGGUGAAUUUCUUCUUGCUUGGACGGCUGAUUGGUGUGAGAACAAAUGGGACUGAGAAACAGGGAAAGGUGACAAAACUGAAAAAGGGAGAGAUUGUUAUGUUGAACAUUGGUUCCAUGUCGACUGGUGCCCGUGUAAUUGCUGUCAAACAUGAUGUGCAUUUGGCGAAGUUGCAACUUACAUCUCCAGUUUGCACAAGCAAAGGAGAGAAAAUCGCCUUGAGUCGGCGGGUUGAGAAGCAUUGGCGACUUAUCGGAUGGGGACAAAUACAAGCUGGUGUUACCCUUGAGAUCCCACCUUGUUCUCUCCGUGCUUGAAGUUAACAAGUGAGAAAGAGAAAUAGACAAGAUAGCUAAAUAAUAGAAGUUCCGCGGAAAUGGUUUUAAUUUGGGUACAAUAAAUUGAGAUGCUUUACUUUUUUUUAUUUUUUAUUUUUUUUUUUAUUUUUUUUUUAUUUUUUUACAUAUUUCAAGAUUAUUAUAUUUUCACCUGAUGGCUGAUGCUAUUUAAUACUCCCUCCGUCUUUUUUUAAAUGCAUCACUUUAAUUUUUGCACUAUUUACAUACAUAGUCCUAAAUCUGCUAGUAAUUCAGCUAGUUCAUGUGCCAUAUUGUUAUUUACUCUUCUUAACUCUAUAGUAUCAAGCAUGACCUAUAAGGAUAAAGCAUCCGUUAAACUUCAAUUCUCUUGAAUUUGAGCUCCUUAGCAAUCGAAAUUCCUUCUCUAACAGCAAGCAAUCAAUGGUUCAUGGAGGCGGAUGUACUAUUUUCCAAGCCCCUUCUUAGUUCUUAGGUCCCCAAAACUCUUAACAAACACAAUCAGUGGUUUAUGGAGGCGGAUGUACCAUCCGUUCAAAAAAAAGAAAAAAAAAAAGCGAACAUUUUAUAGAAAUGUAAAGAACAAUUAGUUAAAGUGAAAAUAACAUUUAGUUAAAUUGAAAAGAACAUGGUAUAUAAUUGUAAAGAACAUAUAUCUAAAGUGAAAAAAAAAAAUAUUGUUAAAAUGUAAUGAAUGUGAUAAAAGAACAUGGGAGAUAUAAAAAAAGAACAUAAAGCUAUUAACUAUUAUGAAAUAUAUAGAAAUUAGAGGAUUAA